AGAAGUACAUCGCAGCGAUGGCAAGAACCAAGCAGACAGCUCGUAAAUCCACCGGCGGCAAAGCCCCGAGGAAGCAGCUCGCGACCAAAGCCGCCCGUAAGAGCGCUCCGGCCACCGGCGGCGUCAAGAAGCCUCACCGCUACAGGCCCGGCACCGUGGCUCUGCGAGAGAUCCGUCGCUAUCAGAAGUCCACCGAGUUGCUGAUCCGCAAGCUGCCCUUCCAGCGUCUGGUGCGAGAAAUCGCUCAGGACUUCAAGACGGACCUGCGCUUCCAGAGCUCCGCUGUCAUGGCCCUGCAGGAGGCCAGCGAGGCUUAUUUGGUCGGUCUGUUUGAGGACACCAACCUGUGCGCCAUCCACGCCAAGAGAGUCACCAUCAUGCCCAAAGACAUCCAGCUGGCCCGCCGCAUCCGUGGAGAGCGCGCUUAAACCCGCCGUUGCAUAACCCGCAUUAAACCCCAAAGGCUCUUUUAAGAGCCACCAAAAUUAUACUGAACGAGAGAAUUUCCGCUGUAACGUUUAGUAGAAAGUAACACUGCUUUAAUCACUUAAAAUAUUUUGUCAGGUUUUUUUAAUUUUUUUUUAUUAGUUUAUACAAUUUUAACUUCCCGUAACUACGAAGAAUACACACAGGCAAAACAUAGCAAUGUUAAACACUACCCAGACAGCAAGCAGUGUCGGCCCGCAUGGAUCUCAAACAGGCCAGAUGUGGGCUGGGUCUGGGCCAAAACUAUGUUGCUGUCUGGGUAGCUCUGUUUCGCAAUAACACUUCUUAGUAAAUGAAAAAUAAACUUCUAAUAUACAUGUGUAUAUUAUUCAGCCAGGUGCAACUUCAUAACUGUCAAGUUAAAAAUUCAUAAAUUGUCAAAACUACUAAUAAUUUAUCUAUAACUCCGUAAUUGUAUCUUGCUAUGUUUACUGUGCAAGUGGAGUUAAAGGACAUUUGAAAGCAGGUAUGUCUACGUUUCGAAAUAAGGUGCAUUAAAAGUCAAUAAAUCCUUGAUUAAUAUGAAUAUUUGGAUUAAAAACAUGUCUCCACAUACUAUUUAAUAAAAUUCUAGUGCAUUUAAUCUAUUAAAUAACAGCAGAGUGAACGAGUUUUUGGAUAUGGUAAUAUUAAACUUUUUAGUGAACAAAGUACCAUAUUUCAGCUAUCGUUUUGUUAGGGUGGGUACACAAAAUGUUAUUAUAUCCUUGCUUCUAGGAAGUCCUCAAUCUAUAUGCUUUCUAACAGCUUCAUGUGGCCGUAAACAUUUAAUCUUAGCGUGGCUUUAAGCACUAUGCAUCAUUAAACUUUCACUUUCACCACGUAAAGCCAGUAAAUGUGGUGUUUACGUGUAAUAAUCGUAAUAUGAGUUUACCUUAUGGUCCAAACCCAGUCUCUGUGAUAAACUCGAGCAUCUUCCAUCCGAAAACAUUCACAUACAAUUUUUAUAUAUAUUAUUUAUUAACAAAAUAAGUCUCUUAGGUACUUUUCAGACAGAGCAAAUAUUGUUUUUCUUUGUUUGAGAUUUCAGGCAGUUUAAAGUAGCAUUUCUUACAACAAGCAAGAGAUAAUGUAUAACAUUGUAGGCUACACUGGUUUAAAGCAAACUCUGUUACAAUGUAAAUGCCUGUCUUACUUAAAUCUAAACUGGAGUGUCUUCAACAAAGAACACAAGAAGCAGUCUCUGAUGCCUUAGUACAUUGGAGAUGGCAGGAGCAGAGUCCUGUGAUUCAUCAGACCAGGCAAACAUCUUCCAUUGCUCCAUGAUCCAGGCCUGAUACUCAUGUGCCCAUUGUAGACACUUUUGGUGGUGGACAGGGGUCAUCGUGGGCACUCUAAGCAGUCUGGCUCCGCAGCCUCACUGUGAUGCUCUGUGUGUUCUGACAACUUUCUAUCAUGGCAUCAGGACCUGCGCCAGGCAGCUGCAGGACAGCUUCUUCCCUCAGGCUGCUGAACUGCAACUGAUAAUGUGCAAUACAAUCAAUCAGACUACACCGUGUCAUAUGCUGUGUGUACUGUGAAUAUUUCUGUGCUACUGCCCUACCAUCAAUCUCUUUGUGUAAUAUGUAUUGCUAUAUACAUAUAUCAUACAGCACAUCCUGAUUUUGCUGAGUUAGAUGUGUUCCUAGGUCAACAUAUUAUUCUGGAACAACAUUUUAAUCCAAACAUUUUGACCAUCUCCCUAAACCUAACCUUAACCAUGAGUAAUCCUUAAAAUCAGAGGAAAUGAUAGAUAAAUGACACUGAUGUACAAGUGCCAAACACUGAUUGUAAUCCUAAACUUCACAAAAACUGUAAACUGGUUCUUCAAAUCUGAUGGGUUAAUCACAAUGUUGUUCCAGGGUCAGCAAAGAUGUUGAUCCAGGAACAUGUCGCACUUGGUAAAAUCAGGUUCUGCAUAUCAGCAUAUCAUACAUGUAGUAUACUCUUUGUUUCUGCUGUCAGCACUUAGUAUAUUGUUUCUCAUCAUAUUGCGUUAAGUAUGUAAAGUAAUUAUAUACAUUGCUAUGUCCCCACACACCCCUAAACUUUUCACACAUCAUUUACUUAUGUUGUUUUGUUGUUGUCCAUCAUAUAAACAGCCACUCAAAUAACUUUAAUUUAUUUUUAUUUAUUUUUUUAUAAAUUAUUGAUAUCAUCUAAUUGUUUUAAUGAGGUGCUGGGCUAAAUAUGGGAUAGAGACUAUGUACUAUAUGUAUUAAAUUAAACUUCAAAGUAUUUUAUUGGCAUGAU